AUGCCCAUCAUCAGGAAUCCCUUCCGUCGCACCGAGGACGCUGCGCGUGCUGCAGAACCCCAAUCUGACCGUCGCAAUGGCUCUGCCCCGCGUUCAAUCGAAAUCAAGGAGCCUGCUGAAUACAAAUUGAGUGAAAUCAACGACAGCGGUGUUUAUCUUCCUCCUUCUCCAACCGAGCGCAAGAACUUCUGGUCGACCAAAUCAAGCAGCUCGACCAACUCGUCUAGCAACCAUCGCGCUAUGCUCAGCGAAGAACCAUUCAACAUUUCUAGAGAAUCCUUCGACUCAUACAGGCGCUCUUUCGACAUUUCAGCCCGCUCGCCUGUCAUCGCACCUGAGGGCCGCCCGCGUCAAUCUCUCGACUCUUCGUACCACCGCCAGCCCCCACGCAGCUCGCUAGCUCUCAACAGACCUCUACCAACAGCGGACGAAGGCUUCGAAGAUGUCGGUCUUGAUGACCCUAAGCCAAAGAAGCGCGGUUUCUUGUCGCGUUUGACAGAUAGCAACGAUGACGCUCCGGAUGCCAGACCAACAUCAAGUCACCAUGGCUUCCACUUUGGCAGUGGUCGCAAGAGAGGUCAGAGCGGACAAGGCGCUGAGCUGAAGCCAAUGACCGACAAGUCGAACGACGAGUAA